AUGGCAACGACAGCUCUGACCGGGUUCUCUAUGAUGAGCCUGCUCAGCCUCGGGUACCUGACCUGGGACCUGAUGAGUCCUAAUCAGGUGGAAAACGAGGGAGACCAAACUUUCGUUGACAGAUCUCCUGUCCAGCAGCCUCCUCACAUCAUUUUCAUCAUGACAGACGAUCAGGGAUUCAACGACAUCGGCUACCACAGCUCCGACAUCAGGACACCGGCGCUGGACAAGCUGGCAGCGGACGGAGUGAAGCUGGAGAGUUAUUACAUCCAACCCAUCUGCACCCCGUCCCGCAGCCAGCUCAUCACCGGCAGGUACCAAAUUCACACUGGCCUGCAGCACUCCAUUAUCCGGCCCCGCCAGCCCAACUGCCUGCCUUUUGACCAGGUCACCCUCCCUCAGAGACUGCAGGAGCUUGGCUACUCCACCCACAUGGUCGGCAAGUGGCAUCUGGGCUUCUACAAGAAGGAGUGCCUACCCACUCGCCGUGGCUUCGACACAUACUUUGGCUCCCUAACGGGCAGUGUGAACUACUACACCUAUGACUCCUGUGACGGCCCUGGGAUGUGUGGCUUCGACCUCCACGAGGGGGAGUCGGUCGCCUGGGGUCAGAGGGGCAAAUACUCCACCCAUCUAUACACACAGAGAGUCCGCAAGAUCCUGGCAACCCAUGAUCCUCAGUCCCAGCCACUGUUUAUCUUCCUCUCCUUCCAAGCAGUUCAUACACCUUUGCAGUCUCCGCGGGAGUACAUCUACCCGUACCGUGGGCUGGAAAAUGUGGCACGCCGGAAGUAUGCUGCCAUGGUCUCAGCUGUAGACGAGGCGGUGCGCAAUAUAACAUAUGCUCUUCGCAAGUAUGAUUACUACCAGAACAGUGUCAUAAUCUUCUCUACUGACAACGGUGGGCAACCUCUGUCUGGCGGCAGUAACUGGCCGCUCAGAGGACGUAAAGGCACCUACUGGGAAGGUGGCGUGCGUGGUCUGGGGUUCGUCCACAGCCCUCUCUUGAGGAAGAAGAGGAGGGUGAGUAAAGCCCUGGUGCAUAUCACUGACUGGUACCCAACACUGGUGGGAUUAGCAGGUGGCAAUGAGUCGCUGACCGAGGGGGUGGAUGGGUAUGAUGUUUGGGAGGCCAUCAGUGAGGGGAAGGAGUCACCCAGGUUGGAGAUCCUCCACAAUAUUGAUCCUCUGUAUAACCAUGCACGCAGUGGCUCCCUGCAGAAAGGAUUUGGGAUUUGGAAUACAGCUGUGCAGGCCUCCAUUCGAGCUGGAGACUGGAAACUCCUGACAGGAGACCCCGGCUACGGAGACUGGACACCACCACAGGUGCUUCCAGGUUUCCCCGGCAGCUGGUGGAAUCUGGAGCGCCACACUGAACCCCGGAAAUCUGUCUGGCUUUUCAACAUCUCCGGAGACCCCUACGAACGUUUUGACCUUUCUGAGCAGAGACCAGAUGUUGUCAAAGAGCUGCUGGCUAGAUUGGUGUACUACAAUCGCACUGCGGUGCCAGUAAGGUACCCAUCAGAGGACCUACGGGCUGCCCCCGACCUGAAUGGAGGUGCCUGGGUGCCCUGGGUAGCAGAUGAAGAGGAGGACAGCUGGGACAGUGUCUACCAGAAAAAUAACAAGGAUUGGAAGAAGAAGCUUAAACUGUCCAAAAGCAGGUCGUUUUUCAGGAGACUCAACACAAGGAUAAUGUCCAACAGGAUAUAG